AUGCUUUAUCAGCGCUGCUGCACCUUUCGUCUCUCGGAUGCCUUCCGGGUUCUAGACCCAUACAAGAGAGAGUAUACCUUUUACUCCUGCGCAAAUCAAUCCAGCUCUCGCAUAGAUCGCGCGCUCAUCUCGCAAUCGCUGCUCUCGCACUUAGAACUUGCCUCGCACAUCAUGCCGGCUGACCCCAUCUCUGACCAUAGCUUUGCAGUCAGGGUUGCCUUUCGGAUGAAGACGAAAGUUCAGGCUGGUCCAAGGCUAUGGCGCCUGCCUGCUCACAUGGUUGGGAAGCCAUGGGUACGGAAGAUUAUUGAGGUGGUGGAAACUCAGGCUGCGAAGCAUGGUGACUCCUUCGAGCUGCUGAUUUCCCGUCUUAACGCCGGACUUAAGGCAUGUGCGAAGGAAGAAAGAAAGCUCUUCCGGGCGACGAUACAGCACCUUCAAUACGCGGUGGCAUCCUUAAAGCAGGCCUGGAUGCGGGACCCGAGCUGUGACAGAACUAAGAAGCUGCUGGAUGAGCGGGAGCUCCAACUUAAAAGUUACCAACAGGUGCGGCAGGAACGACUUCAUGAGAUGGCUGGGCUGGAGGCGGAGGUUAAGGGAGAAGUUGCGUCGCCUUACCUGUCAGCAAGAGUCAAAGCUCGCAAGGCAGACACGCAGAUCACAGAGUUAAGCGUGGCCGGGGGUGUGGUCAGCAGUAACCAGGACAUCCUACGGGAAGCUUCACAUUUUUUCAAAGGAAUAUUUGGGGCCAACAAGCAAAGGACGGUGUCAGAUUGGUCUCCAGAGGCUGACAAGACCUUGUCCCAGGCUGCCGUGGUGUCACUUGAAGCGGAUUGGUCGGAGGAUGAGGUGAAGCGUGCCUUCCGUUCGUUGGCGAACAAUAAAGCCCCCGGGAAGGACGGGCUUCCGAAGGAGCUGUUUGAGGCGCACUGGGACGUGUUGGGGAAGCAUUUCAUGAAGCUGGUUGCAGACUUCUCGGAGUCCGCGGUGCUCCCCACCAGUACGAAGGACGCCGUUACUAUCCUGCUUCACAAAAAAGGGGGGAGAGAUCAGAUUGAGAACUACAGGCCGAUCACUCUACUCAGCUCCGUCUACAAGGUGCUGGCGCGGGUCGUGGCUGACAGGAUUAAAAAAGUGCUGCAUGAGGUGAUAUCGACGGAGCAAUAUGGGUUCUUACCGGGCAGGCGUCUUUCGGAUGCGGUCGGCCUGGUAGCUAAUGUCAUCGAAGCCGCUAAGCAUAAAGAUGAAGACUGGUACAUCUUGCUCGUCGAUUUUAAGAAGGCCUUCGAUUCCGUCUCGAGAAGUUUCUUGUUCGGUUUUUUGGAGAAAAUGGGCUUUCCCCACCGCUUCAUUCGCUGGAUACAGGGCCUGCAUGAAAACACCACGACGAGCCUGUUAAUCAAUGGUUGGAUGGGCGACGCUGUGGAGGUAGUGUCUGGAGUAAGGCAGGGGUGUCCGCUAGCCCCGUACCUGUUUCUGUGCGCAGUGGAGCCGUUGGCGCAGGAAGUGGCGAGCCAGCAUUUGGGGCUCACAGGAGAAGGGCGUCGUCUGGCGUAUCUAGGAUAUGCUGACGACACCACCCUGCUUCUGGAAGGGGAUGCUCAGAUUGAGGAGGCUGAAAAACUCUUGGAAAAUUUUGAGGGGGACUCGGGCUUGGCUACCAACAAGGGGAAGUCAGUGGUCCUGCCACUGGGGAAGAACCUGAACAAGCAGCCGUGGAAAACGGAUGGCUUUAAGUGGGCGAAAGCAGAUGAUGCGGAGCGUCUGCUGGGUGUGUGGGUGACCCCAGCUGGAAGCUGUGAGCCAACGUGGGAGAGGGCCUUCGCGCAGAUUAAGGAGAAGCUAAUACUGUGGGAAGCGCAGCACCUCACAACCGGGGCGAGAGCAGCUACCAUUAACUGCUAUAUCUCACCGAUAGUCUUCUUUUAG